UAAUCCGGGAUUAUUAAAAUUUCCAGGUUACCCGGAUAAAUUACAAUCUUUGCAUUGGACUAAGAUUCUUAAUUUUCAUCCACAUCGAGACCAGAUAGUUUAUAAAAAGAAAAAAAUUUAUGUGAAUGUUGUCAUUAUCGUCAAGGUAGUCCAUAGUAAUCUUUCCAAUAUAAUCUAUUCACCACAACUUCCGCGCAAAGUAAG